AUGGAUCUACACCGAGCCGCCUUUAAGAUGGAAAACUCUUCCUUCCUUCCCAACCCGCUGGCAUCUCCUGCACUGAUGGUAUUGGCUUCCACCGCUGAAGCCAGUCGUGAUGCCUCCAUACCCUGCCAGCAGCCGCGACCUUUUGGAGUGCCUGUAUCCGUGGAUAAAGAGGUGCACAUUCCUUUUACCAAUGGCUCCUACACCUUCACCUCAAUGUACCACAGACAAGGUGGCGUCCCCGGAGCCUUCUCCAACCGUGACUUUCCACCUUCCCUUCUCCACCUUCAUCCACAGUUUGCCCCUCCAAACUUAGACUGUUCCCCAAUCAGCAUGCUGAAUCACAGCGGUGUGGGCGCCUUCCGACCUUUUACCUCCCCCGAGGAGCGUGAAAGCUAUCAGUCUGCAUUUACCCCAGCCAAACGCCUCAAGAGCUGCCAUGAUACGGAAUCCCCGCACCUGCGAUUCUCUGAUGCUGACGGAAAAGAGUAUGAAUUUGGGACGCAGAUCCCAACAGGUUCCCCUGGGGGACUUAAGGUGGACGACGCUGGGAAAAAACUGUUUGCUGUAUCCGGCCUGAUAUCCGACAGAGAGACAUCGUCAAGCCCAGAGGACAGAAACGAGAGGUACCCAUUCUGUCAGCGGUCCGGAUGGUUCUGCCAAAGGAAAGUUGAAGGUAAAAAGAAAGUCGCCCUGUUUGACAGCCAGGCCCCGAUCUGCCCCAUCUGCCAGGUCCUGCUGCGUCCCGGGGAACUGCAAGAACAUAUGGAGCAAGAAAUGGAGAAAAUAACACAAGUCAUUAUCAGUAAGAACUCCGCACAGAAAGACGCCAUGACACCGGGUACGCCAAAGUCGGUGUUGUUAUCAGCUUCAAUCAAGAGAGAAGGGGAAUCGCCCACGGCUUCACCUCACUCCACCGACGAGAUUCACCACUCGGACAGAUACCAGACGUUCCUGAGAGUGAGGGCCAACAGGCAGACCCGGCUGAAUGCCCGGAUUGGAAAGAUGAAACGACGAAAGCAAGAUGAGGGACAGGUAUGUCCGCUCUGCAGUCGGCCAUUGUCUGGAUCCGAGGAGGAGAUGAGUAGACAUGUGGAACUGUGCCUGGCUAAGCGAGAGACCUGCAUGAAUGAAGACGACUCUGUAGACAUUGAGAAUGAGAACGGCCAUCGGUUUGAGGAGUAUGAGUGGUGCGGACAGAAGAGGAUUCGGGCCACUACUCUCUUAGAAGGGGGAUUCCGUGGAACUGGAUUUAUAAUGUGUAGCGGCAAAGAAACACAUGACAGCGACGCUGAUCUGGACGUUGACGGGGAUGACACCCUGGAAUAUGGAAAAGCACAGUACACGGAGGCCGACGUCAUCCCAUGUACUGGAGAAGAACCGGGAGAAGCCAAGGAAAGAGAGGCGCUCCGGGGUGCAGUACUAAACGGUGGAACACCCAGCACCAGAAUAACGACGGAGUUCUCCAAAUGGGGCAACGACGAAAUGCCGUCUACGAGUAACGGGGAGAGCAGUAAACAAGAAGCCAUGCAGAAGACGUGCAAGAACAGCGACAUUGAGAAGAUCACAGAACAAUCGGCAGUGACGACGUUUGAAGCGUUAAAGGCGCGUAUCCGGGAACUGGAAAGACAACUAUCCCGAGGGGACCGCUACAAAUGCCUCAUCUGCAUGGAUUCCUACACAAUGCCCCUGACGUCCAUUCAGUGUUGGCACGUGCACUGCGAGGAAUGCUGGCUGCGCACUCUGGGAGCCAAGAAGCUGUGCCCGCAGUGUAACACCAUCACAUCACCCGGGGACCUCAGGCGCGUCUACUUGUGAAAGGUAGAGGCACUGACCUUGCUCCAGCCUCGUUCAAGACUCACCCCGGUUGUCCUCGCGCCUCCGUUUUUCCGGAGUCGGAGGCCUCACCUGGGUCUGUAAUGUGACCGAGGAAGAUUUGGAAGCUUAAGACACUUUUAACUGUAGUGGAGCAAAUAAAACUGUAAAACAAAGAACAAGCCUUUGCUGGACUUCUGUGGCUUCCAGAUCUUCACCUCCAGUCAGCACUACCGGGGGGACGCCAGAUCCCUGCCCCCGCAGCACUCGCCACGUUUUCUCUUCUCCCUGUACCUGCUGCUGAUUUUUAAUGUUUCUCUCCGAAUUUUCGAGGACUUGAUGCACCACAGCUCCCAUCAUUCUUUUUAGUUUACAUUGUCCCUCCAACUGCACCGAAAACUGAUCAGUGGCGCAGGCUUGUACAGAUGACCCCCACCGCUCUCCCCUCACGUGCAGUUUGUGAUUUCUAUAUUUUUUUGGUGUGUGUGAGAAAAGCAGGGAAAAGAAGAAAACUGACAGAAAUGCGAAGCACAUGUAAUAUAAAUCCUAUGUUUACAGCGUCACGUAUAAACUGAAGGGACUCCAUGUUACCCGGGGGGGGGGGGGGGGGGGGGGCGCGGGUAUUCCUUGGGGCAGGAUGAUUUUAUUUUUUCCUGUCAGAAAUGGGUCUAAAAUCUAAAAUGUGUAAAUGUAAUUUAUUUUAGGUUUUCUUCUUUUUUUUUUUUUGUUUGUUUUUUAACAUUUUUUGUUUGGAAAUCUAUUUGCCCAGCAAAUGCCGCGUACCUGUGCCGUUCCUGUGUGCAGGAUCAUGGGGUGGCAGGACGCCAGCCGCCCCCUUCUUGGAGCUGGAUUAACCCCUCCCAGACCGGGGCUGGGUCUAAUGACCAGCUGUGUGAUGCUGUAAUGGUCCAUGUGAUAGCAGUUGGGUUGAGCAUUGCUGGAGGCUCAGGCUCUGGACGCGUUGACUUUCGCUGUUACGUGCGGCUUGUGCCAGUAAUCGACUUAAUAUUUUCCUGCUGCUUCCUGUUCCAGAAAAGACGGGGGAAAAAAAACGUGUGUUCUUAGCACCAUUGGAGUCUAUGGAGGGUGACCUAUAUUGUGCCCAGAGGCUGCAGGUUCACAUCUGAGGUUUAAUGCGUCUCCAUUUACGUUUCCUGACACCCUAUCCCGCUGUAUUCCGUGUACUGGGAGCCGGAGCCUGUUAAUGGGACCUGUCACCCACAGCAACCUGGUACAAGGGUGAAAAUGGAUAUAUAAUCCCAGCCUGUGAUUGGUCCUCGGGGCGACACUUUGGAGCCUCCGGUUGUCAUACAGGCACUUCAGCGCACAUAAGAAGUGCAGCAAACCUUGUGAAAAUACCGCACACACUUCCGUGUUUUUGCAUUGUCUGUAUGGAAAUCGAUCGAGCUCCAGGGUUGUAGGACAGUGAGACCCCUUGUGCCCCCGGCUCAGGUUAGAGCAGGGGUGGCCGCUAUAGUAGUCACACGCGGCCCCCAACUCCCUGGUCCUUAUUUCCUACUUUUUGUGUCUGGCUCCUAUAGAUUUAUUCUGGAGCAUCAGCCUCUACUCCCGGGGCGGGCGCCCAGCGGAGCUACUGGCAGCUUGUGGGUGCAGUCAGCCGUGGCCACACAUUUACAUUGACCCUUGUAACGCUGGAGGGAAUCAUCUGCAAUUCAAAGUGCUGGCUUCCAGCUGCCGGCGUGCCCUGGCGAGGGAACGGUUAACAGUAUGAAAUUGAUUCUAUUAGAUAUGUAUUGGAGACGGCAGGAAAUGAAUUAGGACGUUAACAUGGUGACCUGCUGGGUGGCAGUUUGACACGAGUUACUGACCCGGAUCCUUGGCAGCUGUCAUGGAGGAGGGGUAUGAGCUCCUUCAGAGCUGCAACUCCUCUCUGCCGGGGUGAGCCACACAUACGAAACCUCACUGAUUGUAUUACAGCUCCGGGGAAUCCUGCUGCGGCUGCAGACUGACAUCUCUGCGGCGCAUCUGAACAUGUGCAUGUGGCGAUUUCAGGCUGAGGAGGCUGUAGGACAGGAGAAUACAGUCUAUUGCCCCCUGUUAGCAGCCACUGGACAUGUCUCCCGGUCAGCAGUCGGCGCCUGCACUCUGGGUGCGUUCUAUAUGUUCACCUCUAGUCACCAUAUUGUGUUCAUGUACAGAAUGUGUAAAAUCUGGUGGAAAGAUGACAAUUCCCAGAAUAAUGAGCUCUGUGCAGGGAGCUGCAGAACUGUGAGCGCAGUUCUGGAGGGUAAUGCAGGAUCUGUAACAUGUUGUGGCUGGAUCUCCCUGGAGUAUGUGCUGUGCAGGUUCAUGAGGGGGGCCCUAGAUCCUUAGGACAGAGUGUCAUCCCUGAGGGGGGUCUAAGCUUCCAGCCUUCCACGUGUGUAAAUGUCAGGAUUGUUCCCAGCACCGCAGCGGAUAUUAUAGACUAACUGAAUAUAUUUCUUACCAUUAUGGCCCCUCCGUAAACUGGCGCCUGAGCCCACAGCAGCGGACGGGGAUGGGUGUCACCUGGAAAUGAAACCAUACUGAGCCCCUGAUGUGCCUGCCGACCUGUAUGGUGGUCACAUGACCUCCGCCAAUGGUAGUAAUGCAGCCUAAUCUACAAAGGGUUAAUGCGACACUUUUUUUUUUUUUGUGCCACUCUGUUCCAGCGUUGGCCAUGGUGGUCGCGGAGGAUCCAGUGGGAGUUUCUAUUUAUUUUCUACCUUUUUUAUGGUCGGGGAGUUUGUGGAAAUUUUGAUGUUUUGUUGGAACAAAGAAGAAAAAAAAACGAGCUAAAUCUCAAAAUGAAAAAAAAAGUUUCCCAAAGAGGCAGCGGAGGCCCCUGAGUCGUGUCCAUGACGUGUGUCCGUGUAUAUUAUAUCCCCGCAGCUUCUUGUCAUCACCAUUUGUAAAGUACAUUUGACAUUAAAGAAGUAUAAAUCUUU